AUGUCUGUUGAAUCCAACAACAAAAACAAUAGCGAGAAGGAUGCCGAUUUUGAUCAAAAACCUCAGAUACUUCAAUUAUUUGUUCCCAGCAAUCCACUCCAUUCCGAUGAACAUGCUUUAGAGCACAGUUAUAUUUUUUCUUAUUUUAUGCGACCUCAAGGAAAAUUCGAUCCAGAAGAUUAUGCAAUGUUUGCAAAUUUUAAAAUUAUUUUUUUUCAUUUAAAAAAUUUUUCUCUUUUAGUUUUGUUCAGCCUGUGGCGCGCAUUAGUUCGGUUGAACAGAGAUUCUUAUUCUGACUUUAACAAGGGUCAAACUCUUCAAACUGAUCUCACAGAAAAAGUUGAUUUUCACUUGUUUAAGGAAGGAAUAAAACCAGUUUGGGAAGACCCAGCAAACAGAAAUGGAGGAAAAUGGAUUUUACGGCUGAAGAAGGGACUCUCCUCCAGAAUUUGGGAGAAUUUGUUGCUGGCAAUGAUAGGUGAACAAUUUUUGGUUGGCGGUGAAGUUGUUGGUGCUGUUUGCAGUGUUCGAAAUCAAGAAGAUAUAAUUUCACUUUGGAAUCGUUCCUCUGAUUCUGCUCCAGUUACUAAUAGAAUAAGAGAAACACUUCGGAGGGUUUUGAAUUUACCGUCGAAUGCAAUUUUGGAAUAUAAAAGACACGGUUUGUGA